AUGAACCGUGGUGGGGAGUAUUGCCGGGAUGAGACGGAUGACUCUAGUUUUCAUCCGGUUUGUAGUCGUCGAUCGGAGAAUGUGGCAGCUGGAGGAAUGCGCGGUAACGCUUCUUCCGGACUAGAACUGAAAUCCUUGAAUAAUGUAACCUCUAUAUCAAAAGAAGAGGUACAAAAGUUCCUUGGGAAUAUUCGGACGAUUGGCAGAGACUUGCGAAGAUGA